GAACAACCAAUGACCGCGGCGGAACUCAACUCGAUUACUAACUGAAAUAAUUAGGGCACCACAAAAACCUAUUUCAAGUCCGCGACCCUCCCCAGCACUCUCCCAACUCUCUUGAUGAUCAAUCAAAUAUUGUUCAAAUUCACGGCCCAUUACCCACUUUUUUGGAAACCCUAAUCACCGCACUACCAAAAUUCGUGCCCCGGAACUAUUCUUAAUUUUAAUUUUGGCUCAAAAUUCACAGAAAUACUCGAAUCCCUAGUUGCUGUCUGGCGUAGGCCCUCGAUCGCGUUAUCUGUCACUCUCCGGCGCCUCAAAUUCAACUUCUUCGGCGUUUGAGGGAUCGAUGCAUGCUUGAAAUUGGACCCAGUUGUGGAGAUUUCCCUAAUUUGUACCCGUACCAGCUGGUACCAGUUUCAGUUCUUGAAGAAAUUGAGCCAGUUCUCGAAAUUUUGGGAGUUAAAUCGACGUGUGGUUGCUAGGUUUUUAGUAAAGGUAUUUGCUUUGAGUGGCUGCGAUGGACUACGAGCUAUCUGAUAGCAGCGGCACGGAUGACGACCUUCCCCCUUCUCAUCAAAAUAGAUUUCAAAGAGCAGGCCAUGCCUCUGGGAAUGGGCGAACUGCACCAGUUGGUUCUGCUCCCUUACCUAGGAUGCAUGGUGACAUGGAAACCCAGAUCCACCACAUUGAGCAAGAAGCUUAUUGUUCUGUACUUCGUGCCUUUAAAGCUCAAUCAGAUGCCAUCACUUGGGAUAAGGAAAGUUUAAUUACAGAACUAAGAAAAGAGCUGCGAGUAUCCGAUGAGGAACACAGAGAACUUCUGUCCAGGGUUAAUGCUGAUGACAUCAUCCGGAGGAUAAGGGAAUGGAGAAAGGCUAGCGGACUUCAACCUGGCAUGCUUAGUUCUGCACAGCCCGCUCAUGACCCUGCACCUAGCCCUACAGUUUCAGCAUCUCGGAAAAAACAGAAAACGUCACAAUCUGUAGCUUCCUUAUCCAUUGGCGCUCCAUCACCUGGACUGCCUCCGGCAAUGCAACCGUCUUCAUCAGCCAUGAGGCGAGGUCCUCCACCAGGAAAUCGGAGCAAGAAACCCAAAUCAUCUAUGCAGUAUCCUUCUGCAGGUCUUGCUGGAAGGACUCAAGCGGGUAAUCGAGGUUCCUCAGGUGCUUUUGCGACAACUGAAGCUGCUGAGGCCACAACUUAUGAUCCAUUAAUAGGGAGAAAGGUUUGGACAAGGUGGCCUGAAGACAACCAUUUUUAUGAGGCUGUUAUAACUGACUACAACCCAGUUGAGGGCCGGCAUGCUCUAGUUUAUGAUAUGAAUACAGCAGAUGAGACAUGGGAAUGGGUUAAUCUCAAGGAGAUAUCUCCUGAAGAUAUUAAGUGGGAAGGUGAGGAUCCAGGGAUUUCCCGUAGAAGUGGCCGCCCUGGACCUGGUCGAGGAAUUAAGAAGUCCAUGACGCGUGGUGGUGCAGUUUCUGCCACAGGAAGGGGUAGAGGAAACACAAAGGGCCAAUCAAAGAAAGAUUUCCCUUUACAACACAAUGGCAUUGGAAAGAAGGCUGUAGGUGACAUAGAAAUACUUCACACAGACACUUUGAUUAAGGAGGUUGAGAAAGUUUUUGGGGCUAGCCAUCCCGACCCUGCGGAAAUUGAGAAAGCUAAGAGAGUGUUGAAAGAGCAUGAACAAGCACUGGUUGAUGCAAUUGCAAAGCUUGAAGAUGCAUCUGAUGGUGAAAGUGAUGAUGGGGAUCAUCCAUUCUCACAAGGACAAUCGAUGGACCAAGGACGAGGAUGGAGAAAACGUCAAUUUGAUGAAUUGAGCGAAGGUGGUCGAGCCGUUGAAGGUUCAAAUGGUGAUAAAAUGGCAAGGGAGGGGAGGCUUGCAUCUGAGGAUCAUCAGCAUUAUGAUGGUGAUGACUGAUGACAUGUAACAAUACUAGGCUGUUCGUAGCAUACCUCCCAGUUAUAUUGAUCCGUGUUUGUAGUGUGGAAUAUUCUAAUUUAAUGACAAUCCAGCUGUGUCAAUGACCCUUUGGCCUUAUCUUUGAUUGGUUAGUGGAGGAUUAAUCGCUGUUUCAUUGUAAGUUUAACAUAGAAUGCUUUUUGUAAAAAAAAUUUUGUAAUGAAUGAUACUUUGACCGUGUAAA